AUGAGGAAUGAUAUUGCUACCAGAUGGGCCUCCAUUCUCCAACGAUUUUCUGCUACACUCCUUAUCUUGGGAAUAGCUGUAACGCUCUGCAUGCUAUUUAUCAGCCUGUUCUUAAACUAUUUCUAUGAAGAGCCAUUUUUCUUGGAAAGAGUUGGUACCCCCUCCUGCUGGUUUGCCCUACUGUCCGUAUUCGCUUGCCUCCCUCUAUUACUCCCAUCCCCGUCCUCAUUACUCCUUAUGGGAACCACCCAACUUGUCUCCUGGCGCCUCUCUGGCCUUUUUCUCCGUCAAUUUGGUGCUGUUUUUGAGGUGCUAAUGGUCAAUGUUAUCUUCUUGCCCCUGUAUUUCUUUUACAAACAGAAGGGUACUUUACUGGCAAGUUCCUGGAAUCCGUUGGAUAAGUUAAAUGGAUACCAAAGGGUUCGAUCGAUAGUCGAAGAGCGUUAUGUCUGGAUGUCUCACUUCUUCUGUAAUUCCCUGGCCUUGGCGGUGACCAAGCUGAAAGUCGUCUUCCUUGGCUUGUUCGCGAUUCAGUUUUUGAUUGUCUUAAUUCUCCUUUUCGGUCAAAUCUCCGCACAUUUUAUAUUAGCUCGUCGAGUGGAAGUAUCGAUCGAUAAUGGGACUGUUGAAUUUUUCGCGAACCGGGAAACAAGCCAAGGAUUUUGGUUCAUCUUAUUAGUAUUAUUUUCGACAGCUAUUGUUAUCGGAUUGGCCGCGCUUCGGAAUUUGGUGUUGUUGGGAAUCCUGAUCAUAACGCUUCUGAAUUCGGUGGCCACCACGGGAAUUGUUAUUAUGGGUACAUUCUCGCUGCGCGCCGACGAGGCUGUGAUCUCAUUAUUUUUCGUGUUUCUUCAUGCUUUUGAUACCAACUUUAAAUAUUGUCUGUUCUACAAAGGUAGUCGUCGAGGUUCCAGAGCGUCCAGAAGUUUGGCCGCUUUUCAUUUGGCUAUAUCCUCCCUAGCUGCACCAAAUUUAAUUAUAAUCUUAUUUUUAUCCACUUUGCUGCUUGGGACUGGGAAUACGAUAUACGCGGUGCUGCUAUUUGCGUGUAUGUGGGAUAACUUGCUAUUGCUAUUUAAGGCCGGGUCAUUGCUUGCCUAUAUCGGCCCGACUGGCAAGGGAUGGCUGUGCCAAGGAGUGAUGGGUAGCGGCUUUAAUUCGGAGGGUACCGACAAGGUGUUGUCGGUAAAUACCGGCGAUCCGUCGCGUCGGUUGAGUUCUGUAAAUUAUCCAGGAAUGUACAAAAAGCGUGUAUCGCUCUCGAUAGCACCAUCGGCACGUCGGGCUUCGAUGCCGGUGGUUGCGUUGGCAAAUUCGAGACAAGGGACACCGGGGAAUAGUGGAAGGAAAUUCUCAGCGAAUAUCUACCAAAAUAAACGCGGUAUGUCUAUCGAUGGCGCUUCUCUCCCGGGCUCGCGUUCUAUACUACGCCGUGAACCUCUGCUCUUUUCACAGCAAUCUUUGAAUUCACAGCAAUCACAAGGCAACGCUCGUUCCAUGAACGAAAGUGCGGGGAACAGCAGUCUUGGAUGGGGGCGACAAUGUUUUGGUAGUGCGACGGAUCCUGACAACUGUCCCUACCUCUACUAUGCCCCGGCUCUACCCCACCUCUACUUCGUGGCCUCGCUACCAUUCCAGUACAUCGCGUUCCGCAUGAACAAACGGACGCCGCCGAGUAUUCCGUUAAAAAUAUGGGCAAGGAUGUUCCUGUUCAUGUGCCUUAUGAUAAUCACGAUAGCCGAAUCGGCUGAUGAAUAUAUGGCCUCGGCGAAGCUGUUUUCCCCGAGAAAUACGUUGAAUGUGAUUGCGAUUGCUAGCUGGACCCUAGCAGUGUUGUCGAUUUUCACUUCGUUCAGCGCUGGAAGGAGAUCGAAUGGCUAUGUGGUGACGUAUUCGGCGUUUCAAUUCUUUUUGUCGAUAUUCUUAUUUACAAAGGAGGUAAUUGAUACGCACCAUGUCGUAUAUUACGAAGCCGGACGUAUUGGUAUACUCCUCCUCCUGAACUUCCUAUUCUACGGAAACGACCUAACCGACGAGAAAGAGUGCCAGGCCCCCUACGAUCGCGCUGGAUUCUAUUCUCGAUUGAUCGUCUCCUGGUUGACCCCUCUAAUUGCCAAGGGAUACAAUAACCCACUAAAUCUUGAAGAUCUACACGAAUUGCCAAAAGGUGCAUCUUCUGAGGAAUUGAUCGAUGAAUGGGAUUGGAGGUGGAAGCGGGAGUGUGGAGAAAAAGCCAAGUCAACCAGCCACCCCUCAAUUGCAUCCGUUCUAUUUGCAAUUUUCAAGCCGAUAAUCUUGCCCGCAUUGGGGCUGCGCGUCUUUGGAGAGGCUAUGAAUUAUGUUAAUCCAUUGCUGCUCAAAUGCCUUAUCGAUUUUGUCAAUGAUGAGAACCCACCAUUAACAUUCGGAAUAAUGUGCGCAAUUGGAAUGUUUGCCAUGGCCGAAGUCAAAUCCCUAAUCAACGUCAAUACCGUACUUGCUCAACAAAAAGCGGCCUGUGGAAUGCAGUCCAUACUGUCGAACGCUAUCUUCAGAAAAAGCCUAAGAUUGUCCCCAAUCUCUCGCGGCCGUCAUACUGUAGGAGAGGUGGUGAAUUUCCUUUCCGUUGAUGUGGAAUUGAUCACCAGUCAACUACCGUAUCUGGUGGAAUGUGUCACUUGUCCUUUGAACAUUGCCUUCUCGCUAUCGUUGCUCUCAGUGUUAAUGGGCCCAACGGCAGUUUCCGGAAUUGCUCUUAUGCUUUUGCUCAUCCCGUUCAACUACUUCACUUCGGUGUUGAUCAAGAAACUGCAACUGAAACAGCUCAAGGUUAAGGAUGAGCGCGCGAAGAUUUGUAACGAGGUACUGAAUGGCAUCAAGCUCGUCAAGUUGUACGCCUGGGAGCCGGUGAUGUUGUUGAGGAUCAACAAAUUGAGGGAGCAAGAGGUCAACAUUCUACGCAAAGCGAACAUGACGGCCCGACUGGUGGACGCCAUUAAUGCAGCCUCACCCUAUUUGGUCGCGAUGGUCACUUUCACCGUUUUUAUCCUAUCUUCAGAAGAAAAUAUUCUGACACCACAGAUUGCCUUUGUUGCCCUAGCUAUUUUCAAUCAACUGCGCCUCCCCAUGAAAGUCUUUGCGCUCUUGAUCAACUAUGUUGUAAGGGCCCUGGUCUCGAAACGGCGUAUCGAAGAAUUUUUGGUGGAGGAGGAACUGGAGCAUGGCGCUAUUGGGCCGUGUACAGAUAUUGCGGAUGUGAUUCAAAUUGAGAAGGCCCGUCUAAAUUGGCUGGGCCCCCAAAUGCCGACCACGCUUACCGUGCCCUCAUUGACGGUAAAACGCGGAGAAUUUGUGGCUGUCGUUGGAGCGGUUGGCGCUGGAAAAUCGAGCUUUUUAAAUGCGAUCAUGGGAGAGCUAUGCCUUCUCGAGGGCAGCAUUAAUGUAUCUGGAGAGCUUGCCUACAGCUCUCAGCAACCAUGGCUCCGGAAUGAGACGCUGAAGAAUAACAUUUUGUUUGGGAAGGAGCAUAACUCGAAACUCUUCCGGCGUGUGAUAGAAGCCGUGCGGCUGAACAUUGAUUUUGAGCAGAUGGAUUUGAAGGAAUAUACAGAAGUUGGAGACAAUGGUGUAACACUUUCUGGCGGUCAAAAGGCUCGUGUUGGAUUGGCUCGUGCGCUCUACCAGGAAGCCGAUGUGUACUUGUUGGAUGACGUCCUAUCCGCAGUAGAUGCUCACGUCGGAGCCUCUGUCUUCCACCGAGCUUUAGGACGGGAAGGAUUCCUCCGCGGCAAAACUAGAAUCCUCGUCACCCAUGGUCUAAAUUACACGAAACACUGCGAUCGUAUCCUCGUGAUCAAGGAUGGACAAAUUGUGGAAAAUGGAACAUACUCCGAAUUGCUGGCAGCCCAAGGAACCUUUGCGACACUGCUGACCGAGCAUAAGAACAAACCCGAUGAACCUGUGGAAGAGGUCGAAGAAGAAGAAGAGGAUGAUGAGAUAUCAGAAGAGAUUGAACGUGAAAAAUCAUACCGCCGACUCCCGAGCGCUGUUUAUUCGAUUUCGGAUAGUUUGAUCGAGAUCCCGACAAGCUCUAAGCAAGAAGCUAUGGAAGAAGGAAGCGUCUCCAUGCGUGUCUACGGUGCCUAUAUGCGUGCUGCUUCCAUGACAUGGACUUCAGUCCUUAUGAUGUUCUUCGUGCUCCAAAGUGCAUUUGCCAUUGGUCGCUCGCUAUGGUUGGCGCAUUGGACGAGCAGUACAGAUGUCUCGGAGGCCGGCCAGAAUUUGGCCAUUUUCUCUGGGCUGGGGAUCGUUGAAGUGUUGGCGUUGAUUGGGACACAAGUGGCGCUGGUUAUCGGAUGUCAGAAUGCUUCGCUACGGCUUCACUCACCAUUGCUGCACUCCGUGCUCCGAUCGCCAAUGUCAUUUUUCGACACGACACCUGUUGGACGGAUUUUGAAUCGAUUGACUAGGGAUCUUGAAGUGAUCGACAAUCUACUCCCAACCACCAUCGGAGAAUUCUUGAACACCCUAAUGCUGCUGGUCGUUGUCCUAGUGAUGAUCUCAAUCGUCACUCCAAUGUUCAUGGCGGCCAUUCUCCCAAUCGGCUUGAUCUAUUUCUUCUUUAUGCGGUUUUUCAUCCGGGCAGCACGUCAGCUGCGCAGAUUGGAGAGCGUCAGGAGAUCUCCAUUGAUCUCCUUGUUUGGCCAGUCGGUGCAUGGAGCAUCUACAAUUCGAGCUUAUAAGAAGGUCGACCCUGCCGCCGAAGAUUUUGGACAUGAAGUCGACAAUUUCAUCCGGUGUCGCUUCCUAUGUGUGGCAAGUAAUAGUUGGCUGAGCGCCAGACUCGAAGCCAUUUCCGCGGCAACUACCCUAUUGGCAGCACUUUGUGGUGUUUUCACUUCAUACUACUGGAAGGGUCAAAUAACGCCAGCUGACCUGGGCAUGAGCAUUUCUUACGCAUUGAAUCUGACCGAGAUCUUGAAAUUCGGCGUACGUAUGAUGUCCGAAUUGGAGACCUACAUUGUAUCCGUGGAGCGUGUGGACGAAUAUUCGAGACUAGAGGCGGAAGCUGAAUGGCGUGAAAAUGGCCCUACAAAACCUUGGCCAUCCCGUGGAAAUCUACAAUUCCGUCAUUAUUCCACCAGAUACAGAUCCGAGUUGCCUCUUGUCAUCCAGGGAUUGACACUCAAUAUGAAACCUGGCGAAAAAAUUGGUGUAGUAGGAAGGACAGGCUCAGGCAAAAGCUCCCUAACAAUGGCCCUCUACCGUAUCAUCGAAGCUCACGAGGGUCAGAUUUUAAUUGAUGAUGUCGAUAUUUCAUCGAUCGGUCUCCAUGACCUUCGAGAAAAGAUUUCCAUCAUUCCACAGGAACCAAUCCUGUUCUCCGGCUCAUUCCGCUUCAACAUGGAUCCAUUUGAGCGGUACACAGAUGAUCAGAUCUGGGCAGCAUUGGAGACUUGCCAAUUGAAAAAUUACGUAACUAAUCUGCCCGGGCGACUUGAAGAGCAGAUCACGGAGGGUGGCUCGAAUAUGAGCGUUGGCCAACGACAACUCGUCUGUCUGGGCCGUGCCUUGUUGAGAGGCGGAAAAAUUCUAGUGCUAGACGAGGCGACGGCCGCUUGUGAUGUCCAAACUGAUGCGCUUGUGCAGCGGGCGGUUCGCGAUAAUUUCCCUGAUUCUACUGUAAUUGCCAUUGCACAUAGGCUGGAUACGAUCGAGGACUAUGAUCGGAUAUUGGUCAUGGAUGGCGGUCAACUAAAAGAAUUCGAUACUCCAAAAGCAUUACUGGAUAACCCUCAUUCUCUCUACCGUAGUCUUGUGGAGAAGGCCAAGGAGGAGGCCAAUUUCCACUCCGAA